AUGGUUUACUAUUCAAUAGUGCACCUGAGCUGUGAAGGAAGAAAUAUCAGAUAUAGAACAUGCAGUAACGCUGACUGUCCGCCAGAAGCAGGGGACUUCCGGGCUCAGCAGUGCUCAGCUCAUAACGAUGUCAAGUACCACGGCCAGUUUUAUGAGUGGCUUCCUGUUUCUAACGACCCCGACAACCCGUGUUCGCUCAAGUGCCAAGCCAAGGGGACAGCCCUGGUUGUGGAGCUAGCGCCCAAGGUCUUGGACGGUACCCGCUGCUACCCUGCGUCUUUGGAUAUGUGCAUCAGCGGUUUGUGCCAAAUUGUUGGCUGCGACCACCAGCUGGGAAGCACCGCUAAGGAGGAUAACUGUGGGGUCUGCAACGGAGAUGGGUCCACCUGCCGGCUGGUCCGAGGGCAGUAUAAAUCCCAGCUCUCUGCAACUAAAUUGGAAGACACCGUGGUUGCCAUUCCCUAUGGGAGCAGACACAUUCGCCUUGUCUUAAAAGGACCAGAUCACCUGUAUCUGGAAACCAAAACACUCCAGGGGACUAAAGGUGAAAACAGUCUCAGCUCUACAGGCACCUUUCUUGUGGACAAUUCUAGUGUGGAAUUCCAGAAAUUUCCAGACAAAGAGAUACUGAGAAUGACUGGACCACUGACAGCAGAUUUUAUCAUCAAGAUCCGGAACGCGGGGUCCGCAGACAGCACGGUCCAGUUCAUCUUCCACCAGCCCAUCGUGCACCGCUGGAGGGAGACAGACUUCUUCCCGUGCUCGGCUACCUGCGGAGGAGGCUACCAGCUGACUUCCGCCGAGUGCCAUGACCUCCGGAGCAGCAGGGUGGUGGCCGACCAGUACUGUCACUAUUACCCGGAGAACGUCAAGCCCAAACCCAGGCUUCAGGAGUGCAACUUGGAUCCUUGCCCGGCCAGUGACGGAUACAAGCAGAUCAUGCCUUAUGACCUCUACCAUCCCCUUCCUCGGUGGGAGGCCACCCCGUGGACCGCGUGCUCCUCCUCGUGCGGGGGGGGCAUCCAGAGCCGGGCAGUGUCCUGUGAGGAGGAGGACAUCCAGGGACGGGCCACCUCAGUGGAAGAGUGGAAAUGCAUGUACACCCCUAAGAUGCCCGUCGUGCAGCCCUGCAACAUUUUUGACUGCCCUAAAUGGCUGGCACAGGAGUGGUCUCCGUGCACAGUGACAUGUGGCCAGGGCCUCAGGUACCGCGUGGUCCUCUGCAUGGACCACCGAGGGAUGCACACAGGAGGCUGCAGCCCAAAAACAAAGCCCCACAUAAAAGAAGAAUGCAUCAUACCUACUCCAUGCUAUAAACCCAAAGAGAAAGUCCCAGUGGAGGCCAAGCUGCCGUGGUUCAAGCAAGCCCAGGAGCUGGAAGAAGGAGCUGCUGUGUCCGGAGAGCCCUCGUUCGUCCCGGAGGCCUGGUCGGCCUGCACGGCCACCUGUGGUGUGGGGGUCCAGGUGCGAGUCGUCAGGGGCCAAGCGCUGUUCGACUGGGCGUUCGAGGGCUUCGCCGCCUGCUCCCGGUCGUGCGGCGGAGGUGUCCAGGAGGCUGUGGUGAGCUGCCUGAACAGAGAGACUCGGGAGCGUGCGGACGCAGCCCUGUGCGUGACCAGCCGCCGGCCCCCUCAGAGCCUCAAGCCAUGCAGCUUGGACCCCUGCCCGGGAAGGUGGGAAGCUGGCCAAUGGAGUCCAUGUACCUUCACCUGCGGGGUUGGCCUGCAAACCAGAGAUGUCUCCUGCUCCGGCUGGCUCUCCACGGAGCUGAGAGAGAGGGUGGCCCUGGCUGACCAGCUGUGCCCGGGCCCCAAGCCCAACACAGUGCAAGUCUGCAACCGCUUCGACUGCCCGCCUGCCUGGGACCCCGAGCCGUGGCAGCCGUGCUCCAGGACCUGUGGAGGAGGUGUUCAGAAACGGGAGGUCCUUUGCAAGCAGCGAAUGGCGGACGGCAGCUUCCUGGAGCUUCCUGAUACCUUCUGCUCCGCCUCCAAACCAACCUCCCAACAAGACUGCAAGCAGGAAGACUGUCCCAGUGAGUGGCUUCUCUCAAACUGGACAGAGUGUUCCGCCAGCUGCGGGGAGGGCACGCAGACGCGAAGCGCCGUCUGCCUGAAGGUGCUGCGGACCGGGGUCUCCACGGUGGUCAGCUCCAGCCUGUGCCCCCCACUGCCCUUCGCGGCCUCCCUCAGGCCCUGCACGCUGGCGAAAUCUGUCAGAAUGCAGAUUCACAAAUCCUCCCCAGCCCUGGAAUCUCUCCCUGUGGUAGAAAUGUGGCAUUUACUCUUCGUGCUGCUAGUGACUCUGAAACUGGAGCUCCCAGCACCACCUCUGGGAAGCACUGACAAAGGAGAGGAGAGGGAGGUGGGCCUCAAGGGUAGCGCCAAGCCUCCACAUACGGGCUGUGAUCCGGCGCAGUGGCCUCGGGGGAGAGAUCAGGAGGCAGUGGGAGCAGACCUGGUAGAAGCAGAUGGGGGCCUACUGCCCCUUUUCUGGAACGGUGCUGGGUGCGCCGGGGUCUGCUGCAUGUGGCCCUCGGUUCCGGCUGAGAACAGAGAGGGUGACUGCCUCGUGCUGCUCCGUACAAGCAUCGGUGUAUUCGGCGUGUUCGUGCACCCGGCCCUCUUGCUGCUUCUCGGGCUGUUCUGUCUUGCCCUUCGCAGGUCCCUCCUCCAGCUCACCUGCCCUCCAAGAGACUCGCUGCAGGCCCUCGUGGUCUCUGUGGCUCUCGUGCCUCUCUAUGCCAGUGAGUCCUGUGUACAUAGAGCCAAGCCAGACUUCGCUUCCGACGUCUUUGCUCAGACUCCACAACAGGAGCUCAGCACCCCUGAAAUUCAGGGCCGUUCCCCAGAGCCUCCCAGUGAGGAGCAGGAACAUGUCUGUAACGAUCCUGGCACUGGGGAUAUUCCCUUGUCAGCAUCCACAGUCCUUGGGGUUCGGCCCAGGGCUCUGCUGCACGGCGGCUGCUGGGACAUCCCGGAGGAAGAAGCUUCACGCUGCAGUAGGAGACAUUCUAGGAUUCUUCUGCAGCCAGAUGAUUCCUUACAGAUCUUGGCGCCAGUGGAAGCUGAUGUGGGUUUCUACACUUGCAAUGCCACAAAUGCCUUGGGCUACGACUCUGUCUCCAUUGCCGUCACAUUAGCAGGAAAGCCGCUAGUGAAAGCUUCGCGAGUGACCGUGACCAACACGGAGGAGCCUGCGGUCACCGUGGACAUAGGAAGCACCGUCAGAACAGUGCAGGGCGUCAACGUGACCAUUAACUGCCACGUUGCAGGUGUGCCUGAAGCUGAAGUCACUUGGUUCAGGAACAAAAGUGCCCUGGGCCCCUCUCAUCACCCGCAUGAGGGCUCCUUGCUGCUCACACAGGUGUCCCCCUCGGACCAGGGCCUGUACUCCUGCAGGGCAGCCAAUGUCCAUGGAGAGCUGACGGAGAGCACCCGGCUCCUUGUUCUAGAGGCUCCCCGGGUCCCCACACAGUUGGAAGAGAUCAGGGCUUUGCUCUCGGCCACUGGCCCGAACCUUCCUUCAGUGCUGACAUCUCCUGUGGGAGCACAGCUGAUCCUGGAUCCUGGGAAUUCCGCUCUCCUUGGCUGCCCCAUCCAGGGUCACCCCACGCCCAACAUCACCUGGUUCCACGGCAGUCAGCCGAUCGCCACCGUGGCAGGACUCGCUCAUCACACCUUAGCAGCUGGGCAGAUCCUUCAGGUCACCAAUCUCAGUGUCGGCUCACAGGGGGAAUUCAUCUGCCUGGCUCAGAAUGAGGCGGGGCUGCUCGCACAGAAGGCCUCCCUGGUGAUCCAAGAUUACGGGUGGGCCCUGGACAGACCGGCGCCCUGCUCCGCAUCCUGCGGUAACCGGGGCGUCCAGCAGCCCCGUCUCCGGUGUCUGCAGAAUACCACGGAGGUCGACCCGGAGCGCUGUUCAGGGAGAGUCCGCCCCACUGUGCAGCCGGUCGCCUGCAACCGGAGGGACUGCCCUUCUCGGUGGAUGGUGACUUCCUGGUCCGCCUGUACCCGGAGCUGUGGCGGAGGCAUCCAGACGCGCCGGGUGACCUGUCAGAAGCUGAAGGCCUCUGGGUUCUCCGCAACUGUGUCCAACGACCUGUGCACCCAGCACGCCAAACGCCCUGUGGACACCCAGGCCUGUAACCAGCAGCUGUGUGUGGAGUGGGCCUUCUCCAGCUGGGGUCAGUGCAGCGGGCCUUGUGUAGGGCCACACCUGGCCAUGCAGCACAGACAGGUCUUCUGCCAGACCCGGGAUGGCAUCGCCUUACCAUCAGAGCAGUGCAGUGCCCUCCCCAGGCCCGUGAGCUCUCAGAGCUGCUGGUCAGAAACCUGCAGUGUUCACUGGAGGGUCAGCCUGUGGACCCUCUGCACGGCGACCUGCGGGAACUACGGCUUCCAGUCACGGCGGGUGGAGUGUGUGCUCACCCACACCAACAAGGCUGUGUCCGACCACCUGUGCUCCUGGGGUGCCCGGCCUGCCAACUGGCAGCGCUGCAACAUCACCCCGUGUGAAAACAGGGAGUGCAGGGACACCACCAGGUACUGCGAGAAGGUGAGACAGCUGCAGCUCUGCCAGCUCAGCCAGUUCCAGCUGCGCUGCUGUGGAACGUGCGGCCAAGUGUGACGAGGGCACGGCCGGCUCCGCCCUGCUCGGAACUUCCUCACUGCCUCUCUGCCCUGCCCACCCUCCUGAGUGCUCAGCCCCUCCUCUCCCCCAGGCGCUGGAGGACAGAGCCGGGGAGGACCAGGGCGGAGGCAGCAGCUCCCUAGCAGAGCCAGCUUCCUCCGACCCGGGCUCCGGAAGGGUGGGCCAGGACGAGGCAGCCCGGCUCCGGGGGCUGGGAGACACUGGUGCAAGGCUGGGCCGGACAGAAGCAUGCUGCUAAGCACAGGAGGGCUGUUCCUCUGCCACUUCUGCUCUCGGGAUGGCGAGGACAAGGGGUGCCACGCUGAGGCCGGACCGGCCCAGAACUCAGAAUAGGCCUGAGGCACCCAGCAAUGCAGGCAGGGACGAGAGGAAGGGCAGAGGGACUUCCAGACGGUGCAGGUGCGAAUCUGGGUUCCGGGGAGCAUCGGGUGUUUGGGGCUCUGCUGCCAGCCAGGGAGGAGACGUGCCUGCUCCUGGGAGAGGACGUCCCCACUGUCCACACUGAGGAAGCUUUCUGCCUGCCCUGCAGCAGGAGGUCGGCAUCCAGCCGUGCAGUAAGGCUGACCCUGGCAGCUCCCCCUUACGUCAGGAGUCCCCAGCCCUGAACUAACUGCUGCUGCUGCCAGGGGCACCCUGCGCAUGCACAGGCCAGACUUCCUCCCUCCGUGGCCUUUGCUGGGGCCUGGGGUCUGCUAGUCAAAGCCACUAACCUGU